CAACAAGCAUGAGCAAAUCAACUUAUUAUCAUACCUCUCUAUUUGUUUAGUUUCGCUUUGAAUUCUGGUGCCUCCUUCUGCUUUUGUUUGGUCCACCGUUCAUCUCGCAGCUGCACUGGUUUGGAUAGAAAUGUCACCGCCACACACUCCCACAAUGCAUCUGAAAUGAGCUCAGUGCAGCGAUAUCGCAGUUUGCCUACAACCUUGAAGACAGAGGCUUUGGCACUGGAACUUGCCAAUGCCACUGCGAAGUCCUUUUCUUUGGCGUGUCCAUCCCCAGGGGAAGCGGCUAGUGUGCCACGCUUGGGGCAUGAAGCUCACUUUUAUUCGAUCUUCCGCCCUGACGGCUUUCAGCAGAUGGAUCGGGACUUCGACUUCCCAUCUGGUCCUGGUGAGUUGAGCAAGUCGUGGAAGAGCGGCCUCACCAAGUUCAACAUGUGGAUUGGUCAGGUGCAACUUCGUGGUCUGGACUCCGCUAUUCUUCAGGCGCCACUACAUUCAUGAAUUGAUGACCACUUUCGGCCUGAUCCACACGUUCAACCAGAGCCCUGAACAACUGGAUGGUGAACUACGCGGACGCACCUCUUUCUUGGACCCUCGUACCUUUGUUUCUCCCAUUCCCGAUUCCCGACCUUCGACCUCUACGACCCGGUCGACCCGCCUACGUUCUCGAUCCCGCCGAUGGUCUCGC